AUGGUGAUUCACUGUGAGCAGCUCAAAAGGAAGACUAAAGAUGCAGAGGAUUGUCUGGAAUUGCGCCCCCAUCAGUGUGUUGAGACGGAAAGGUGUGAAAGUAAAGAGCUUGAUGUUGAAAUAAGGAACCUGAUAGAGAAGAACACUUACCAGUCGUGCGAGGACCCUGAACCUAUUGCCCAAGAGAGUCCAAAUCCUCAGAGAACUUUGUGUUCCCUUAAGACCCGUAGUGAAACAAAUGCUCAAGGCCGUCUUGGAUGUACGUGGGCAGGUGUGAGUGACAUGGAAGCCCCAGCAGACCUACUAGAAUCAAGGCACAUAUUGCUGACCAAAAAGAAGACUACAUCAUCCAAGUCUCUGGAACAACACAUCCUCUCACUGGAAAGACAGAGACAAGAGCUGCUGGAGGUGAACAAGCAAUGGGAUCAUCAAUUUAGAAGUAUGAAACAGCUUUACGAAAACCAGCUGGCUGAAAUGAAAGCAAAACUGGAUGUGUCGGAGAGGAGAGUCAGCGAGCUGGAGGAAGAGAGACAGCGACAGCAUCCAGAAGAUGAGAGGUUGCGAGCCCUGGGCAGAGAGAGGCCAUUGCAGGAAAUGAAAGAAACAAAGGUCCUUAGCGAAGCCCUCCGUGAAACGAAGGAAGAGAACAAGCUCCUGAAGCAGAAGAAUGCCUCAAUGGUCAGAAAGAAAGAACACUAUGAGUGUGAAAUAAGUCGUCUGAAUAAGGCCCUUCUGGAUGUGUUGAAAAAGCAGCACUCACCUGUUCUUGGGACUCCUUCAGAGAAGGGUGACAGGAACAGCCUUGAGGACAUGAGAACCCAGCUUGAAGUUCUCAGACAGCAGGUACAAAUAUAUGAAGAAGACUUCAGAAAGGAGAGAUCUGACAGAGAAAGACUUAAUGAGGAGAAAGAAGCAUUGCAGAAAACUAAUGAGAGAUUACAGUCUCAACUGAAUAAAUUAAACUCUCAGACGAAAGAUCUCCCGGUACAGUCUGAGAGGCCCAGCUACCCACCUCCCUUCUUCCUCUCACCAUGUGUCAAUUAUGGGAGUUGUGGGUUGGUUCUUCACUAUCAAAAUCCUCAAGUACAUCCAGCGUCUCACAGGGCACGUGAGCAGCAACAGCACUCACCAGACUAUCAGUGGUAUGUUCCUGACCAGUUUCCGCCAGAUGUGCAGCACAAGGCAAAUGAUUCAUCCUCCGAGAAGGGAGCCCAUCGCUGACGGCCUAUAACCCGGAGGAGUGUAGACCAAAGGAUGCAAG